UUAUUCGCGGACAGUCUAACCGACCAACAACUCCCCGCUCUGCGUGUCUCUCUCAUCAUGCGAGCUUCGCAAACCAACAAAUCGAAGCCAAAGCCGCUGCCGCUGCCCCCUCCGCCGCUCUAUCUGCCAUCGACCCCGUCAACCGCCCCGCGCCGGCGAAACCGCAGCGCCUCCUCCUCUUCCUCCUCUUCCUCGGUGUCCACCGCCUCCUCCUCCUUGUCCCCGUCGACGUCCCCUGCCCCGUCUCCUCGCACCACCACAGCCACUUCCGUGGUGCCGUUCUCGUGGGAGCGCCGCCCGGGACUCCCCAAGAGCAAUCUCGCCGGCCUUAUCUCCUCGUUCAGCGGCACCGCGGCCGUUCCGCUCCCACCACCGCCAGUGCGCCCUUCCACUCGCCGCUGCCGGCAACGCAGACGCCGCCGCGCCGUCGACGCCACCGCACCCGCAGCAGACCCCUUCGCCGCCGCCUUCGUGGAGUGCACAAGGGAAGAAGGCACGGACGACGCAGAAGACAAGCUUUGGCUGACGCCGACGACAACCAACUCCAGCCGCAUGGCGCGGUUGUGGCGACUCGCCGGCGGCAGUGUCCGUGUCAUCAGGUUCCUCGACCUGUACGGGUGCAGGAGGGCCAUGGACGUCGCCGACAGUGCUUUCCUUGCUCACCAGUCCGUCGCACCGCGUCCACGUCCAUGACCAAGGCCGGGCUACACAGAGAUAAGUAACAAUAAUUAACAUGUGUGAAUGGUGAUAGCAUAGCAAAGAAGAAAGUACGUAUCUACUACUCGAUCUCCUGCCACCGCGAAAAAUGGCAGAACAAGAGCUUGCUAGGGUCACAUCGACCAUGUGAUCAGCGUCGUGUGUGGCUGUCAUCCGGAGCACGGAUUUCUGAUCAGACGGUUGAUGUGUCAUGAACAGCAUGCGCCACAGCUUAAUUAGUGUUCUUUCGUGUGUUCAUGGAUCUGUGUCUCGAGAAAAGUUUGGUUGUUUCUGGCAACAGAGUACUGUAGUAUAAAAUGUCUGCUUAUCUUGGGAUUCGUUUGGUUUGGCUUCUUAAUUUUGCGGUGACUAUAUAUUACUAUGAAGUUGUUGUGGGAUA